UCAGGCGAAUGAAAGCCCAACUUCCGAAUGAAGCCCAAUCUACGCAAACAUAUGCAAAGGCCAAAAAACCCCCCUUUUCCCGCAAAGAAAGAUCGGAUACUCUUCACUGCUUUCUGUUCCCUUACAAUUGUUGGACUCCAAGAUGAUGGUUAGGAGAUUAAAUUCUGCUUCAGCAAAACUUAGACAUCUAUUCUCUAAUCAGUCUAAUCAUUUGUUCUUCUUGCCUUACUUAUCUAAUUCCAUUAUUUCCAAGCCCAGUAGUGUCUGUGGCGUUUUGUGCAAGGAUUUUGGUAGAGAAUCCUUAAUUGGGCAAGGUUAUGGAUUCCAAAAGUGCAAUCUUGGAGGUAUUUCGUGGAUACAUUCUGGUCGAUCUUUAAGCAGUGCAGAUAAAGCUGUUGACAGCAAUGGAAAUGUUGGUGAUGGUGGGGAUGGUUUCAGUGAGGUAAAGAAGAAGAGGAAGAAACUCAAGGGAAAAAGGGCUGUGGUGAGGUGGUUGAAGUUCUUCAGGUGGAAGAAGAAGAAAGACUAUGAGAGAAUGACUGCCGAAGAAAAAAUUGUUUACAAAUUGAAAAUGGCUCGGAAAAAAGAGGAAAGGCUUGUUGAAUCUCUUCAAAAGAUUGAGCCCAAGGAGUCAUCUGAAACUACACAUGAUCCCGAGAUAUUGACUCCAGAAGAACACUUUUACUUUUUGAAGAUGGGUCAGAAAUGUAAGAAUUAUGUGCCUGUUGGAAGGCGAGGCAUAUACCAGGGUGUGAUCCUAAAUAUGCACUUGCAUUGGAAAAAGCAUCAGACUUUGAAAGUGGUAGUGAAGACAUUCUCUCCUGAAGAGGUCAGGGAGAUUGCUGCUGAGCUGGCACGAUUAAGCGGUGGGAUUGUGCUUGACAUUGAGGAUGACAACACUAUUAUUAUGUAUAGGGGAAAAAACUACUCUCAGCCGCCAACAGAGAUAAUGUCUCCCCGGAGCACUCUCUCUAGGAAGAAGGCUUUGGAUAAAUCCAAAUAUAGGGAUGCAUUAAGAGCUGUUAGGAGAUAUAUUCCCAGACUUGAGCAGGACCUUGAGCUUCUUCAAGCACAGGUAGAAAGCAAGGUUGAUGCUUCUGCAGAAAAUCAAUCAACAACUGCUGAAACUGUUGACUCUACGUCGCCCUCAGACCUAACAUUGGAGGGAUCAGAAAGAUUGAAAGAGUUGAUAUCUAAAAGUGAUGAACUCAAUGAGGAUGAUGACUCAAUGAUGGAUUCGGGGUUGAAUUCAGAUUCUGAUGCUUUAUCAGAUAUAUUUGAAACUGAGUCUGAGUCAGAGAAUGAGGAGAAGUCGGAGCAGCAUCUCUAUCUAGAUGUGUUUGAAAAGUUUCCGCCGCAAAGGUAUGUAGAAAUAGAAGAUUUUGAAGAGCAUGUGCGUCAAAUAUCGGCUGACUCAAGAAAAGAGAAAUCAUCAGGUCAGGGUGUAAAUGUACCUGAUCUUGAUGAGGUUGAUAAGAUGGUUAUACAAGCUGCAUCACUUCUGAAGAACAAGAGGAGACGAUGAUGACUGGGCUAUUUUCUGAGGAUAAUGCAAUAUACACAGAAGAAGAAAUCGUAGCAUUCCAGACCUCUGAGUACCUAAACUUUUGGACAAUUCAAAUUGCACCAGAGACAUGAGAAAAAAUGCUAAAGCUUCAGACACAUCAGGCAUUUUGUUUAGCGAGAAGCGGGACUGCAAUUGUUUUGAUAGGGACAUGCAGGCUGGUUUGAGACGAAAGAUCAUCACUAACAAAGUGUGUCAUGUACUGCCUAGCCGUUGGACAUGCAAUCUCAUGGACUAGGUUGCUCUCUAUUUUUUUUUUUUUUUUUUUGUGGAUACGAUAAAUUAUCCUACAUUAGGGGAAGAGAGAGGGCUUGAAGAGGUUUCAGGAUAACUCAGAAGGAUAACUCAGAAGGAACUGAACCAUUACCGGAUCAGACGGAUGCACGACGCACUUAUCUAGAUUUUUUGAGCAGAACCAUUUUAAUGCACUAUGUACCCUCGUGGACUAGGUUUCUCAUAUUGGAAGGUCUCUCAUAUUGGACACUAAUAGGACCCACUGGGUGCAAUAUAUAUUGAUACGUUGUGUUUUCCGAGGGUUGUGAAUGAUGAUAGUAUCCCGGGUUGGAAGCUCAUCAACUGUUGCUGCCAAUCUUACUAAGGUUAAAGUUGGCCACUUGGACUAUGUUUCUUGUCUGAUUCUUGGGCAGAUUACGCCAACUCCUUAAAGUGGAUGGUCUCUUGCAGUGGCUUUGUUAACAAUCGAUUUGUUAAAUCGAUAUAAAGUUUUAUGACUGAUUUUGUAUUUAGCUUUGAUAAUUUCUUGUGCGAACUAGUCUUGGCAAUGGGAUGCAUUGGACCUUUAUUAGCAAUUAA